GAACUCAGGAGAAUGCGUCCCGCAAUGGAAACGUGCAAUUCUUCCUUUCUCCAGAUGCUUCUCCUUAGAAUUCAGCUCAGUAGUAUAAUUAUAAUUCUCGUUUUCUUGGGGAUUUUGGUUCUCGUUUGGUUCCUACUUCCUACAACGACUGGUUGCGUAAUUUCAACAAACAUUAGCAUUCAUCCAAAAGGAAAGAAAAAAAUGGCCUCUUUGCUUCUUUGGCAGCGGAAAGCUUCAGCCUUCGAGGUUUCUCGCAUCCUUCAAGUUUGUUCUUAUCUUAACAUUGGGAAUUACUAUGCUGAUUUGAAUUCUGAAUGUGUUUCUUAUGUUAACUAUUAGAUUUUUUUUAAUCCUGAUAAUUGGUCUUGAUGGUGCAGGAUUGGUUAUAGCAUGAUUGCAGAUGCUGAGGAAAAGGGCCUUAUCACCCCUGGCAAGGUAGGUUUUUUUAUUUAUUUUUUUUUUAUUUUUAUUUUUAUUUCUGUAAUUUAAAACUUUAGGUUGGACAUUAUUACCUUAAUUAAUUUACACAUCAUAGAUCAUAGUUAGUCUAUUUAGUCAUGCACUUAGUGGGGGUACCCAGGGAAAAUAGUUAAAUAAUGAACGAGGGAUUUUGUCUUCUGGGUGAAUUUUUAAGCUGUUGAGUUUCUGAUGAAUUUGAUUGUGAUCUGUGAAUGUUACUGAAGAGUGUCCUCGUUGAACCUACCAGUGGAAACGCUGGAAUUGGAUUAGUGUUUAUGGCUGCAGCCAAGGGUUACAGGCUUAUUAUCACAAUGCCAGCUUCGAUGAGUCUUGAAAGAAGAAUCAUUCUCAGAGCUUUUGGAGCUGAGUUUGUUCUUACGGAUCCAGCUAAGGGCAUGAAGGGUGCUGUGCAGAAGGCUGAGGAGAUUUUAGCUAAGACACCUGAUGCAUACAUGCUCCAGCAGUUUGAAAAUCCUGCCAAUCCUAUGAUAAAUUAUGAGACAACUGGACCAGAGGUAUGGAAAGGCACAGAUGGAGAAAUUGAUGCAUUUGUUUCUGGGAUAGGUACUGGUGGUACCAUAACAGGUGCAGGCAAAUAUCUUAGAGAGCAGAGCCCCAAUGUCAAGCUAUAUGGAGUGGAACCAGUUGAAAGUCCUGUUCUCUCUGGAGGCAAAGCCUGGUUCCUGAAGGCAUAUUUUUCACUGGGCAUGCAUCUUGUUUCCUUAAAGCAAGAUCUUCGUUUUUUCUCCAACAUUAUCAAACCUUUGCAGUUGAUUACUCGGUCAAUCUGGAAUAGUUCCUUCAUAAUCAGCCUUCUUAAGCAUAUAGGUCCACAUAAGAUCCAAGGAAUUUGUGCUGGUUUUAUCCCUGGUGUUUUGGAAGUCAGUCUUAUUGAUGAAGUUGUUCAGAUAUCAAGUGAUGAAGCAAUUGAAACUGCAAAGCUUCUUGCACUGACGGAAGGCUUGCUUGUGGGAAUAUCAUCUGGUGCUGCUGCAGCAGCUGCUAUUAAAAUUGCCAAGAGACCUGAAAAUGCUGGAAAACUUAUUGUUGUGAUUUUCCCAAGCUUUGGAAAAAGGUAUCUGUCGUCAGUGCUCUUUGAAUCGGUCGGGAAAGAGGCCGAAAGCAUGACCUUUUGAUCCAUGAGCUAAUUCUCUUCUUUGCAACUAGUUCUGGUUUUAUAGACAACAUGGUUUAUAUCUGAGAAUGAAUAAAUUUAUUGAGUUACUUUGAUCUGUAGGUUAAGUUCGGAAUUUACUUGUGGGAUAGCCAUUCUGGUACUGAAAAUGAACCAUUUACAAAUUUCUAAGGAUCUGUACUUUUUGUGUCAAUGUGUGCAAAUCAAUACCCCAAUUUUUA